UCUUUCAGCCGCAGGAUCUGCAUGUCCGAUGCUCUUGGUUUUCUCCGCAGCUGGCGCAGGUUCCUCACGGUGCGUCAGAUGAUCGCUGGUUCAACGAUGCUCUCGUAGCUUGGGAGCAGUGGUGUCGGUCGGAUCAGUCCAAAGCUUGGUGGACAUCCUCAUUGUGGGAAUCUACGGAAGACGACCGGUCUCGCUGGAUGUGCUUUAACCACCCGCAAAGCCUACGGUCUUGGGAUUGCAGAGGUCACUCCUUUAAGGUCACCCCUUUAAGGAUCUCUUCUACAAUUGCAGAAAUGGAUUUGGCUGCCAUUGACCCAGUUCUGCAGAAUCUCGGCAAGGAUUAUUUUUUCCUCUUCUGUAUUCGCUACUCAAGCGAGUACAUCUAUCAUAUGAGCAACGAUAGAGUGGUGUAUCAUAAAGAACCCACCUGCGCGGCUAUUAUGGACAUCAUGGAGAGAUGGUACAUGUUUCCGGUCCCCUCCAAAGUAUUGAAAAUGGGAAUGGAGAACAUCAUCUGCCUGACCUUCCUGCAACCUGCAUUUACGGCAAGUAAGAAAUCAAACAUUGUCGGUGGGAUGCUCUGUCCGAUUGCUAACACUUAUGGACUGAGCGAUGAUGAAAAGGAGGAGCUUAGGAAGCAGUUUCAUCGAAUGGUCAGGCGCCUGCUGGCUGAGUCCCCAACCCUUGCAACCCUGUCAUGCAUCAUGCAACCGCUGACCUUUUACUUCAAUGCAGAAGAUGAGCAGGAAAGACAGCUGGCUAUCAGCACCAUCCGUGAUUUGCUGGCAUAUGCAUUAAAAUUCAACAACAUGCCUGGGAUAGCAAUAAAUGGAAUUCUUACGCCAGCGGUGUCCGAGUUGUUCAAUACCAUCAACGAAGGCAAGUUGUCCAUUCUGCAAGCACAGAACAAACCCACAGGGCUCACUCUCCACCCCAAAGCCAUCCUUGGCAGCCUAACUGGGGUCUGAGGAGGGCUCACUUCUUUGCUGUAACACACCUGCCUCAGGUU